AGAAAUGAAAUACCAAGACCUAUGGAUAAAAACGAAAAAAGUAAAACGUUUUUCAACACUGAUGAGCCUUCAUCUCCAUAAUCAAUUAACGUAUCGCAUCCAUGGUUUCAGACGUAGACUUAAGUGGGACUGCAGUUAUCCCUGAAGUAUUAGAUUUGACUGAUUCGUUGUGCAUGAGUUCGGAAGUAGCUGGAGGAAAGGGUAUGUCUCUGGCAUGUUUAUUGGAACUGGCUAGUGAGACUGGACAGUUUCAUGUUCCCAAUGGCAUUGUACUAACUACUGCUGCUUAUCAACGCCACCUAACGGAACAUCCUCGAUUGGAACAGGCUCUUAGUACUGUUCGUAAAGCCAUCAGUCAGUGGUUUCGGCGGCUUCGGAACCCGAUACGUACACAUUACGGAAAUCGGACGAAGGUGACGUCAUCGUACAUGACCAAAUAAUUGGAAGGAAAGAGACUAUAUGCAAAAUGAAAGAGGAAGGUGGGACUAAAGAAGAGAUAAUGUCACAAUCGGACUCUUCUAAAUUGUGUCUUUCACAGAAUGAAGUGGAGACACUUGGAAAGCUCGGUAUUUUGGUUGAAUCGGCUUUUGGAUCUUCACGUGACAUUGAAUGGGCGAUCAGUAACAACAGGUUUUUUCUCUUACAGGCUCGUCCAAUAACUACAGGUGAUAAGAUGACGGAUUACGAAUUGGUUCAUGCCUUGGAUACUGGGUUGCUAACAGAAAGCGAGUACUUAAGUAUAGCGAACGUGGCGGAAGUUAUGCCCGGAGCAACGUCGCCUUUAUUCUUAACAACAGGGUAUAUGACGUUGCGAGCUUCUUUCAUGUUAUACUUGAAUGAGAAUCGAGGUUCGUGGCAUCCUUACAUUCCACUUUUGUGCACUGAUCUAACUAUGUCACACAAUCAUUCCAUGCUUCUGAUUGAAGAGACUAUUAUGAAAGAAAUAGAGGAAAAAGAAGAAAAUUUGAUCUCAAGAGCUUGGGAGUUGUCUCUUUUUGGCAGAUUUCUGGAAGAAAGAGACCAAAUGAGGCAAAGAAUAAUCCAACGAUUUGGAUAUAUCCCAAAGAUUGCCAAGUGGAAGACACUGUUGUCCUUGCUGGAGGGAGUAUCGUUUUCCGAACGUACAUUGAAACUAGUGAAGCAGAAAGUUUCAGAUUUUCGAAUUCCUCCAGAAGCAAUGAAGUCAGCCAAAAGCUUGUACGAAUACAUUACAUUGCACCUUACGGACAUGGUUGAGGCACUACAUAUUCAUGACGUUGAAACUAUUUUUUCAUCGAUGAUGAACACCUUACUUUUUGGCCAACUAAUAGACAACUAUAAAGAAAACCUUGAAGACCUGUUAAAAGACAUAGCAACUCUUAUUUCUGUCGGUAAAAAUGUUGAAAGUGCUGGAGUUCCAGCGCAACUUCAGACACUAGCAGCUGAUAUUUGUAAAUCUGGUUUUGGCAAAACUUUUGAAGCUAUGGACGGACAGACAGCACUUCAAUGGCUGAAAUCAUACGAAGGUACUGUGGGAAUCAAAUUUCGAGAUUUUUUAGCGGCUCAUGGUCAUCGCUGCUUAAAAGAGUUUGACUUCCUCGCGAAACCAUGGGCUGAAGACCCUCAGAAUCUAGUGACAUCACUGCAAGUGAGUACUUAA